CUGUCCAGCAAAUGUAGGAAAAUUGAAUUGGAGAGGUUAUGGUAGAUGAACAUAACUUAUGCAAGGUAUUGCAUUUUUAAAACUAAUUGUGCGAGUGAGAAUAUUCAAGAUUUAAAAAAAAAUGAUCGGUUUCCAGAAGGAUUAAAGUAAACAAAACAAAAUUAUGUUCAUUAACCGAUAGAGCGACAGUGUAUUUACUAGUCCGUACGAUAGAGGCUGAAAAAUCAUUUCUGAACAAAAAAAGAAAAUAAUGGAAAACCGUUACACCAAUUUAUUUCGUGUCAUCUUAAUACUAAACUGCCUUGUCCUAUUUCUUUCUUUUACGGGAGUGAGAAGCGCACCAGUGGCAUUGACAAUGAGUAUCAUAGACGUUAUGAAAAAUGACUCGAAAAUAUGCUCGACAUCUAACUUUUUAUAUGAUUCAAAGUAUACAAAACCUUGUGGAUCCAUUGAAUAUCCCAUUGAUCCUUGGAAAUACUUUAAUUCAUCAACUUUAAAUAAUUUUCUGUGUUUAGGAGUUUACGAUACAGCAUAUAAGAUUUGUCAAUAUUCUAAUCAGUCACAUCCCUUUCCUUUCAAUAAUACAGCAACAUUUGAUUCGCACGUGGAGAAAUAUCUUAAUAAAAAGAAACAAGAAGAUGUUUGCACCAGUCUACAGGGAUUUACACUACUGUAUAAUAAAAUAGAGUCACUUUGGAAAUCAUUGGUCGAAAGUCUUAAGAUACCUCAUAUAUGUGGCAAAAUAUGUUUUGAUUUUCAUGAUAAGUUUCAACCACUGUGCGCAGUAUUAGCUUUGAUUAAAAACAUUGAUGAUAAUAUGAUAAAAAAUGUAAAAGAAGUAGAAACAAAACAUGAUCUUGUGACAUCUGAUAAACCGCAUGUAAGUCAGUCCAAGGACGAAGUAAUGGAUAAUAUUAAAACAACAUCAGUUGAAUCUAAAAAAACAGAAACAAAAGAAAUUAAAGAAAGGGAGCAAAUUGUAGAUUCUAAUAGUAAAAAAGGUAACGCAAAUAUACCUGAUGACGUACCAUUUACAUAUAUAAAAUCCAACGAAGAAAAAACAAAAUUUGCUACUGAAAAAGAGAAUACCCAAAAUAAUAACCAGAAAAAAAUAAAUAAUACUUCAGAAACACAAGCUCAUAAAUCAGCAUCUGCAAUAUUUAAAGAAAAUAAAGAGUAUAAUAUUGAUACUGAACUUGAUACCAAUGCUGAAGUUCCAAAACCUAUAAAAAAUAUUUCUCCAAAUAGCAAUUCACAAGCUCCAUCAGUAAAUAAAGCUAUAAAUAAUAUAAAUAAAAACGUAGAAGAAAAUGCACAGAAAUCUAAUAAGGAGCAAAAUGUUGAUGAAUUAAAACCUAGUACAUUAUCCGAAAAUACGCAAGAUCAUUAUGAUGCUCCAAAUCCAGAAGAAAAUAUGGAAAAUGAUAUAGAUGAUGUAGAUGACACAAUUCAACAUCCAGAUACAGGAAAUCAAAAUGAAAAUGUGCAAGAAAUCAUUGAACAGAAGAAUAAUGAUAGAUUAACGGAAUACUCUACUAUGGGAACGGAAGAUUCUCAUUUUUUUACUUAUUUUACUGUGAUUACUUUGGCUUGUCUUGCUGGGUACAUAGGUUAUCAUAAUAAACAAAAGAUAUUUGCUAUUGUAUUAGAGGGUCGAAGAUCAAGAAGUAAUCGUGGUAGACGACGACCAAGUACGGCAAGCUACCGAAAACUGGAUUGUACACUUGAAGAAGCUGUUACCUCGCAAUGUAAUGCUAAUGUUACUCAUGUCAUAUAUUAAUGCGAAUAGAGUAUCAUAAAUUUUAUAAUAUCUGUAUUAUAGCAUAACAAGUGUAAUAUAUUUUGUAUUUAAGCA